AAAGAUGCUCGACACAGAGUUAAAUGAGCAGCAGGAACAGCCUGUGUAUGGAGGAUUUAUUUCCUGUUGUUUGCUCCUCUGGACAUUUUAUACCGAUCACUUUACACAGUAGUAAUGAGGAAGAAAAAGGACUUUGAUCACAGGUCAUGUGAUGCAGCAGGAGGGUUUCAGACCGUCACAGAGAACAGACACUGACUGACGACUGUACGUGUCCUGUUUGUCAUGGACUGGAAGAGCAACCUGAGACGCACCCAGUCGAUGAGGAGUGUCUCCUCGUCAUGUGACAAACCCACCAGGACAGAGGCGGGACUGCGGGACAAGAAAACAUCUGUGUCCCAGCUCGUUUCCCGGUAUCAAACUACAAAGGAAGUCAGUGCAUCAACUCGAGCACCUUCUGUAAAUAAUGGUGAAGUUAAGCUGAAGCAGGUGUUUCAAGAGAUAACACCAUCUCUCGUGGAGAGUAAAGAGAUUUAUCCGGCAUCCCAGACAAAGAGAAGCUACGAGGGGGAACGCUCCCAAGCCAAAACCGGUUUGACACGCAGCAGGUCGAUGGGGAGCCUUCAGAACGGAACCGGCUCCAUAGAGGCCCUGAAGGCUCGGUUUGAGUCAACUCAGAACAACACUGCAACACAGGCCAGAGUGAAGGCAGCAGGUAUCCCACCGCUGAUGAAUGGAGAGGCUGGGGAGGUGAAGAGCUCAGCGGAGGAACAGAAGACAAGAAAUCCACCAGUUAAUGAAACUGGUGCAAAGGAGGAUCAUGUGACUCGAAAGAUUGUGAAUCAGAGCCGGGCGGUGAGGAGAAAAACAAUCGGGGGGAUUGAUUUCGAAAGAAUUGCAGCCGAUCAAGAUGAUGAAAAGAGGAGGUCAGUUGCAGACCUCAGAGACAGCUCCUUCUUCCAAUUCAAGGAGAAACUGUCCGUCAAAGUGUUGUCUGCCCUCUAUCUGUCAAAGGUGGCACCACAGGAGCCAAAACUGGCACAAGAUCGAUCUCUUGAAUCUGGGAAAAGAGUUAAGAUAACCAAGUUUCAACCAACUUGUCGAGAGAUGUGCUCUGCCUGUCUGAAGCCAGUUUACCCCAUGGAAAAAAUUAAUGCAGACAAAUACAUUUUUCACAAAACCUGCUUCGUCUGUAAACAGUGCAAGAAAAAGUUAAGCAUGUACAAUUACACACCUUUGCAUGGGGAGUUCUACUGCAUAUUUCACUACCAACAACUGUUCAGAAGAAAAGGGAAUUAUGACGAGGGCUUUGGACACGUGCAACACAAGAACCAGUGGCUGCUGAGGAAUACUGCUGGCGUGGUGCAUAAUGAAUCUGAAGCUUAAACAUAUAGUGUAAACCUGACGAUAUGGUGACUGUGAAAAGAUGAAAAAUCUGACUGAGGAUAUGUGUUUGAGGCACCAUGUGAUGCUGUGUUUGUUCAUCUAUGUAGCAGUGAUGAUUAACUGUGUGUUGACAAAUAACCUACUUUUCUUUGCAAAAACAUGCUUUAGUAAUUGUAAAAAACUUUGCAGUGUAAGACAGAUGCUGAUACCUGCUCUGUUUUUAGAUUUAUCACUUUUCAGUUAUAACAAAAUACAGCAAAACAUUCUAUAUAAUCUGUAACAAAGAACGAUUUUUUAAUCUCAAAAUAUUUUUAACUUCAAAUACCAUAAAUGUCGAGGUUCCACAUUGGCUGAUCUUCCACUGUGACAGAAACAUUAAUCAGAUAAUAUCUGAUAUAGGAUAUUAUAGGAUAAUAUAGGAUAUCAGAUGAUAUCCUACAUGUGAUAAUAUUGCUGUGAAAAAUAAAUAAUCACCAAUUUCUUGCAAAAAAAUGUCACAAAGGUCUUAUUACAGUGUAACUACACAGUACAGUCUACACCGGAGCAAAUACUAUGAACUAAUAUGUAGUAGUUUGAAUUUUAUAAUAAAUGAUUUUAUGGUGAACUUGUUGCCCCUGAUCAGAAUAUCCACAUUCUGAGUGAUGAUCCACAGGGAUUGUAUCACCCAGCAUGGAUAACCAAUCUGCAAUGGCCAUUAAGAUCAUAUGAAUUCAACACCUUCAACAAAGGAAAAGUGCAUUAAUGCUGUUUUCUUGGAAUCGUCUUGUCUUCUCUUGUGUGAUUCACUGGACUAUGAGUUAAGAUCGUACUUUUUGUAUCAAACUUUGGUCUCCUGUGUUUUCUCUGCACGUAAGGCAAAACAAUAAGUUUUAAGGAAUUUUAAAUAUGAAAUAUUGGAAGUAAAACAUGAAACAAAAUUACAAUUCAACAUGACUCAGUCAAAGUUUUGCAGUUAUGUAUUUUAUUCAAGGUUAACUGACAUUAUGUUUGACAUUAAUAAGUAAUUACUGUUACCAGUGUAUCAAUUAAGUGGAAACACGCUACUCCUCCUGAUAUGAAAAAAAAAACGUUUUGCGAAUAAACAUGUGAAUUACA